AUGUGCAGCAUCUCAUCACGCACGCAGGAAGAGCUUGUCCUGACUUUGUCCUCUUGUCAGGCCAUGUCGAUAGAAAUUCAGAAGCAGAUCAAGGACAAUGCAACGAGCGUCUCGGACUUCUUCUCCGACUUGUACAAAUGGACUGAGGACCAGGUCAAGGAGGAGCGCAGGAGAGAGAUUCGAAAAACAGCUCGGCAAGUGGGGAUUGACGAAGCGCAAAAGCUCAUAGCAGCAAAGCCUGCCGAGCGAGAUGCAGCUGAAAAGAUAAAUGACGCGCACGUGGACGGAGAAAGGUCCGAUCCGAUCAAACGAGACAAUGCACCUAUAGCCCAGUACUACCAUGAUUGGGACAGAUACGAUCCUGAAGCAGAAGUCGGACGGAUUGAGGACGAGGCGCUUCAGUCGCAGCGGGCAGAAAGGGAAGCUCGACAAGCAGAGAAGGACCGAAUCUUGGACGAAAUGGCGCUGAAGCCAAACGGUGACCGGACUCGAACUUCGGCAGCCAAGCCUCGAGUCAAGGUCUCCGUCCGCCGCAGCGGUCGCAAGGUCGCUCCGGUAGACCUCGCAGCCCCUCGCAAGGACGAGGCGAACCGCUUGUUCGGGGCGGGCCGAUACAGAGAGGCCAUCGCUGCUUACACUGCUGCCAUCGACUGCCUGGACAAGUACGAGCCUCCAGAGGCAGGCUCCAACUUCGGUGACAAGGUUCAUGAAGACGGUGCUGGCGAGAAGGAGGCGAUUGCUCUGAAGGUUGCUCUGCUGGCGAAUCGGGCACUGGCCUGCCUAAAGUUGGAGGAUUGGCGGGAAUGCGUUCUGGAUGCCUCCGAGGCACUGCGGUUCGAGCCCAUGCACCACAAGGCCAUGCUUCGUCGCGGCUUCGCCCUCGCGCGCAUGAAGCGCUGGGGACCUGCUGCCAAAGAUCUGGAGCAAGCCGUGAGUGCAGACCCUGCAGACAAGAAGGCAAAUGCAGAGUUGCAGAUGGUACGUCGAAUGCUGACAGAGCAGGCAAAGGACGCCCGUGCUCACGCAAAAUGCGUGAUAUGUGACAGCACACGGUCCCCAUCAAUGCCGACGAGAAAGCUUUUGGUCAAGGUGCUCCAGGCCAAGCCGCUCAAGCCCAUCAAGCCGGCAAAGGCGGAAGCCGACAUGCCGGUCCGCGAGACGGAGGAAGCAGGCGAUGUCCCGGCGCCUCCAUGUCCUCCUUCGGCAUCAGCGCCGUCGGCUCGGACAUACGUUCCACGCAGCGUGCGAAUGCGUGGACUCCGAGCUCCCCUUGCGGAGGCAUCCGACCAUGGUCCAGGCGGCCAAGGUGCCGCUAAGAAACCAAUGAGUUUCUAUCAGUUUGAGGCACAAUGGGCACGUAGCAGGCCAAUGGAUCGAGCUUCGUUAUUACACAGACUGGGUGCCGCUUCCCUGCCAGCGCUCUUCCGGGAAUCUUUGGACUCGGAGUUGCUGGCAUCGAUUCUUGAGGCCCUUGAGGUCGAUCUUGCUGAAGGGCAUUCUCAGAACCAGUUUGCCGCAGAAGUCUUGGGCUCACUCUCGAGGACACCCCGGUUCGAGCUGAGUCUCCAGAGUCUCACUGUGCCGGAGCGUAAACACUUGGACGAGGUUCUCGCCAAGCUGCGUGUUGAAGUGUCGGCAGAGGAGAUGGCAAAGCUCGACGAUGCUUUCAGGCCUGCCGUGAAUGCCGUGGCAUUGCAGUUUUGUAAAUCCGUAGCAACCGUAGCGCACACAGCGAUGCCGCAUGUCUGGAUGGGCUAG